CCCCUCUUCCUGUUCACUAACCCUGCACUGCCUCUAAGGAGCAAUUGACGCCCAGGUAGACAUUAGCACAUACACAUAUCACUUACCGUACACGCGUUUACCAAGACGGGGGAGGAAAAAAAGGCAUUUUUUUACCAGUUGAUUUUCUGGAUAGCUGGUAUCUGUAACCUGGAGAGCUGACAGUCCUGUGUGAGCUUCACUGGAGAAUGUAGCUGCAGCCCUCCAGCCAAGCCACAGGAAACACACCAACAUGGGAGAAGCUCAAAAGGGCUUACUCUCUGUCAUAGAGAAACUAAAGGGAUCAACAGAGCAGGAGGUCAGGAUAGUGCUCCUGGGUUUGGACAACGCAGGAAAGACCACCCUGCUGAAAAGCCUCGCCUCUGAAGAUGUGAACACUAUCACGCCAACACAGGGUUUCAACAUAAAGAGUGUCGCCUCUCAUGGCAUGAAACUCAAUGUUUGGGACAUUGGAGGACAGAGGAAGAUCAGACCCUUCUGGAAAAAAUACCUAGAAAACACAGACCUCUUGAUUUAUGUUAUUGACAGUGCUGACAAGAAGCGGUUCGAGGAGACGGGACUGGAGCUGUCCGAGCUGAUUGAUGAAGAAAAUUUAAAGGGCGUUCCGGUGCUCAUCUUUGCUAACAAGCAGGAUCUGGCCACGGCAUCGCCGGCCAGCGAGAUCGCCGAGGGACUCAACCUGCACACAUACCGAGACCGUGAGUGGCAGAUUCAGGCCUGCUCAGCCGUGUCCGGGGAAGGAGUUCAGGAUGGGAUGAACUGGAUUUGCAACAACAUUGUGAACAAGAAGAAGAAGUGAAACACCACUCUGAACAAAACGGUCCAGAGGCAAACAGAGAACCAGCAUCAUGUCAUGGAUUUAAGAAAAAUAAAGUCUGUUUCUUUUCCUUCAUCAGAACUCAUCCAUGACACAGUCAACUCUCUGCAUAGAAGGAUUUUCUUUUUACAAUUUGUGUCAUUUUUAUGGAUAUUUUGCAAAUGUAGCUCAAAUAAAUGAAUAUUCUAGGUACAAUAAUCAAAUUAGGAACUUAUGUACCAUUGUUUUAACCUAAAAAUAUAUGUUUGUGUUCUCUUUAUCCAAGCGAUAUUCUCGAUGUCUGAUGAAUCCGUGUGCUUUAAACACAGACAACCAAACUAAAUGUGUAGCCCCGGAGUCACAAUUUGUCAGUACAAGUUCAAUGUGUAUGUGUGUGUAAAGUGUGUGUUUCAAUAUAUUUGACAGUAAAAUAAUUAAUCAUUUCUGCUA